GUGAAUGAACAGGCGAGAUGUUGGUGUAAAGCUGAACAGGUAUAUCCGUGGGUGAUUCGAGCCAGCGUUAUUUCUGGUAGGUGGAAAUGGCGGUGAUUUCCGGGGAUCAGUAAAGCAUCACUAGAAGCGGUCCUCAUCAUGGUGUCGUGGAUCAUUUCCAGGAUGGUGGUCCUGGCCUUUGGGACCCUCUACCCAGCCUACUCCUCAUAUAAGGCAGUCAAGACGAAAAAUGUGAAGGAGUAUGUGAAAUGGAUGAUGUACUGGAUAGUAUUUGCGCUCUUUACCACAGCAGAGACGAUCACGGAUAUGGUUCUGUCGUGGUUUCCUUUUUAUUUCGAGCUGAAGAUUGCUUUUGUCAUCUGGCUGCUGUCUCCAUACACAAAGGGCUCCAGCGUCCUGUAUCGCAAGUUUGUGCACCCCACGCUGUCCAACAAAGAAAAGGAGAUCGAUGAGUACAUCACUCAGGCGAAGGACCGCAGCUAUGAGACCAUGAUGCGCUUUGGGAAGAGAGGGCUGAAUAUUGCAGCCACGGCCGCAGUCACCGCAGCCGCCAAGGGUCAGGGCGUGUUGUCGGAGAAGCUGCGCAGUUUCAGUCUGCAGGAUCUGACGCUCAUUCAGAAUGAGGAGGAGCUGCUGGAUGACGAGACACACACUGCUGCUACACUGCCCCGUGCUAAAACACGUACAGCACGUCCAACGUCCAUACCGACAGACAGCGAAUCGCAGCUCAGUUCCCGCUCUGAUGGCGAACAGGCAGAUAGCAGGACGGAGCACUCGGAUGAGGACAUUGCUGACAAAGUGCCCAAGCGAACAGCCAGCAUGAGAGCAGCGAAGAAACCAACCGCUGCUAAGACAGAGACAGUUAAGACACUGAAGAAGCAGCCAAAGAAGAAGAGCACCACAGCAACCGGCAGUAACGCUGAGACACCACCUUGAGAUGCCAGCACAAGGCUGCAUGUACACUCACUCAUAUACACACACACACACACACACACACACACGCUGAAUUCUUGUAAAACUCGUAUAAACACUAAUACUUUUGGAGAUAGGGUGUGACAAACACCCACAUACACACAUACACACAGUCCGUCUUUGUCACACAAAUCAAGGUCACUCUUGCUUGUUUUGGAUAGAUAGAUUUUCUGCUUCUGUAUCGGUUAAACUGCUGUCAUGUGUGUGCGAGAGUGUAUUCAGAUUUCAUCUCUUUGUGACGUCCCUCUAAGUAUCCUUACACACUUCAUCCAGUCCCUCACAGCUCUCUUGUGUUUAAGGACGUUGUGUCUUCCUGUCACUGUUCCUUUUUUAAACAUGUAGGACAUACAGCGUGGGAGUUGCAGGCAGGAAAAAAAAAAACAAUACUGAGACAGAAGGGAAGACGGACUCACAGCCGAUUGGUUUAGCUUUCGACUAGGGGACUCUCUCCCAUGCAAGCAUAAUGAGUGUGUUAAAAGUUAGUGGUAGAUUUCAGGGCUGCAAGCACAGCCCUGUCUUCGCUACGUUCCACAGAACGUUACGUAAUCACCGUCGUCUCUGAAAGAUUUACGCUCGAGGAGGGGAGAUGCGUGUUUCUUCGGAAGCUUUUGCUGCUAAUGACGGCUUUAUUGCUGGAACUGUUGCUGGAAACGUUCAAGCUUCACUUCCUGUCUGUGUUCCCACUGAGCAACACAGCUCGUUACAGCUCACAUCUUUGGGAUUAUAUUGCCCUUAUAAUAAAAAGAAUUAUGAAGGCUUAUGAAUAGACAUGCAGAUUAGGGACAGGCAAUAGAUCACCGUACAGGACGUCCCAGUUUCACUUUUUUGUGUUUUGCCACAAUCAGUGUGACCUGAUAUCUGAUCCCGAGCUCAUCUCAAACAUCCUUGCGUCAUAACAUAACCGAUCCGACUCUCUUCAUGCUUUAUUGUAGGGUUAUCUGUGUCUUAAGAUGUAUCUGCAUAGGAGAUGGCAUUCAGUACAAUCCUGUGUUGAUCUCUAGAUUCAGGCCAGUCUCAUGCAUACCAGUCUGAUAGCCAUUUGGGGUGUUGUUACACCUCAGGAUACAGUAUGCCUCGGUCUUUCAUUUUCCAUAAUAUAUAAUAUAAUUUCAUUCACCCCUUCUGGACCUGAUUAGAAGACUGUGUGUGUGUGUUGUGGCGUCAGGUAAAUGCCUGGUCACGUUUUUCAGUUUAAAUAUUAUUAAAUACGGCCUUUUAGCUGUUUUAGUUCUUUUUAAUGGAGGUGUGAGCUUGGCAGUAUGCAACUCUAGUACUGUAGUUUUGUGGAAAUAUUUAACCAGAUAUGGGACAGUUUGCAGCAUGACCUGUUGUGUGAUGAGAUGUUUUUUUUUUUUUUUUUUUACAGAAUUAAAAGGUCCAAUUUGUAGCCUAGCUCACUCUGUCCUGCUCACAAUGGUUGUGUUUUAAGAACAGGAACGUGACAAACAAUCAAAGAAAUUCAUUUGUUUUACUUUAAUUAAUUCUUUCUUUAAUUAAUUGUUAGGAAAAAAAAUUGGAAAUAACCUGUGUCACUCCCUGAUAUUUUUGUGCAGUACCGGUUUUGACAGCGACUUUCAUUGCCUCAGUUUUAAAUGGCAUGUAAAUUCGCCACAGGCAGGAUUCUGUCAAGUCGGCUUGAGAGCUGAUGCCUAAAUGUAGACAAGGAUCUGUUUUGCCUCUUCGCAGAUGCUGUAGAUACUGAUUUCAGAUCAGUUGUCUUGUAUCAGCCUCCAGCUGUGAUGUCAGGAUCGAUUAAGGUUUUGAGUCGAGUAACCGCGCCGUGCAGUUUCUACACUGAACCAACAGCAGGCGCAGCAAGUUUCCGUUUAAAUAAAACCGAAAAAACAAGGUGGCUCUUAAAGUUUGCUUAAUAUUUGCAGGUUUGACCUGUUCGCCCACAUAAUGUGGUCUCUAGUAUUAAAAUAUAAAUAUAUCACUCUAAUCAAUGGCAAAGUUAUUAUCGAACAUGUUGAACAGCUGGCAAUUGUUCUUAAAUGUAAAUAUUCAAAUAUGUUUGCCUGUACAGAAUGAGCUUGCUUGACUUACUCUUUAAUUGUGGUCUUUUUAUUUCCCUGUUUUCAUCAUCUCUGAUUAUUUCUCGCUUUUAUAGUAGGAAAGGGUGUAUUGUAAAUAUUGAUCGCCUGUUUUUAAUUUGCAUUCAUUCUCAUUUCUUUUGUUAGCUCUAGAUUAUAAGAAAGACGAAGGUUAUUUUUAGAAAUGUCAUGUAACGCCGGGUUUCUCUGGAUUUUCUUUAAUCCUCACUUAAUGUACAUAUGCUUCAGAGGAACACUACGUUUGCUUUCUCUUAUUUUCUUUCAUUUUUUAAUUUGAACUUUUGGACUUUUGAGAGACAAAUACAUUGCAAAUAGUAUUCAUGGUAUAGUCAUGCCAGUUAAUUUCAUCAUAGUCUUUUUCCUUUAGGGAUUAUUUCCUGUGUCAUUUUUGCCACAAGUAUUAUUGUGUGUGUGUAUAUAGGACUUGAAACAGUGAGACUAUAUUCAGCACUAAUAUAUUGUUUGUGUUAAUCGUCAAUAUGCCACUAUAAUAAGACUGAGGCAGAGAUGAUGUGGAAAGAUUGCUGCUUAAAUAAAACUGAAAUAAAAUGAUUAAAGCAC